ACAAACCAGGCUUUAUCCUUCUUGUCUGUCCUGCUCACUCAGACCUCACAGGAAACCUCCAGCUCCCCUCACGCUCACCUUCACUUCCCACACCUUUUUUUUUACCUUCGCGCACAUAGUCCCGCCAACUGCACCGAGUCCGGCCAGAGAGGAUGGCUACAUCCGUGUGGAGAAUGAAUGGGAUCUGCAGGAGGAUGGCGGGAGUUCUGGUUCUCUGCACCCUGUUGAUUACCAGUGAGGUGAUGUGUGACGAGACAACAGUCCUAGAUCCACCGACUGCAGGCCCCACUGCUGAUAUUUCAAAUCCUGAUGCUGCCAAUCCUGGAGGCACUGGUAACCCAGAAGUGAGCACUCCGAUUUCUUCUACUGGUGGUGGUGGUGAAGGUCCUGCUGCUGCUUCUUCUGCUGCUCCUGGAGAUAGUCACAUCUCUGUGACCAUUGCACGAACUGGAGACAUUCCGGGCAGCCAGGAUAAAGAGGCCUUAGGGACAACUGCUACCUCAGUUGACACCGAUGGAAAAGCAAAUGAAGUCACCGACAGCCCGGAUGAGUCCAACGGCAUAAAAGCUGUUGUGCCGGAAGUUGUGUGUGUUGGAAAGGAGGAAUUGCCAGAGGGUAGCGCUGUCAAGGCUGAAGUAAAAACAACAGACUGUGAGGCGACUAAACAAAUCAUUUUGGACAAUCCUGCACCUUGGUGCCACAAGGACAGCUGUAAUCUAAAAAUGUUCCAAGAGGAGAACAUGGUGUCAGUGGUCAGCAGUGAUGCUUCACACAACACUUUGGCUUCAGCACUGAAGAGUGAACAGCUGAAAGACAAGCUGGGUGUGACAAAGACCGAGACCCCACCAUCAUCCAGUUCCUCCGUGUUCGUGGGAAUACUGGUCACUGGUCUGCUAUGUGCUCUUGCCAUCACCGUGGGUUACUUCAAGUGUCAACGAAAGACUGAACCCAAGGGAGCGAGGCUGGCGGAGGAGGCCUAUCCGGCAGAUCAGGAGAAUCAGGGCAACACCCUCCUAUCUGUGGCACCUCUCAACCCCCCUCCCGAAACCCAGGAGAAGCCCAGCGUAAACGGAGAGUCCCCCGAGGCGGCCAAGACCGAGCCCGCCCCCCCUCCCACCAACGGUCACUCCACCACCAAGACGGCAGACACCGAGCUGUGAAAUAGCCCAAAAAUAAUUGCGUCCCACGAACUAACCCCCACAAACGUCAUACACAACACACACACACACACACAUUCACACACAUCUAUGCAAACACACCUCCUCUUCUGAAUCCACCCCUGCCAUAAACACACAGAGGGCACAGCAAAGUGCACAUCAGGGACUCGAAGGAUCUCCUACAUAUUGCAGUCUUCUUGCCUCCUCCCUUGGCUGUGAGCCUCAACAAACAUCAGGAAAAUUAGUCUGAUGAUCUCAGUAGUGGCAGAAAGGAGUGACGUUGGUGAUGACGAAGGCUCAGUCCCUGGAUUGUUGACGGCUGCCAGGCUGGAGACGUGAGACAGGAGAUGGGCUGUUCUGGGUGUGAAGAGAGCGUAUUCUAGCAUUAACCAGCACUGGCUCCCAUGAUGACUGCAGCCUGUGGAGUCAGAGUAAUGUGCUGUCAAACCCAGCACAUCAUCUGGUUUAAAGCUCCGACCAAACCCUCCACAUGAAUGAAAGCGUUCAUUAGUUUAAUGUAAAGCUACAGCAGACGAAGAAUAUAAGAGAUAAACCACACUGCCUUGACAUCUGUUUACAAACUUCUCAGAGAAAAUACAUUGGGCUCUCAUAUUGUAUGUAAAAUUCAGUGUGUGUAGGUGUGUGAAUAUAUAUAUACACGCAACUGAGCUCCCCUUGCUUACUGUACUGUAUGUAUUGUAUGCGUGUUGGAUGAUGAACAGCUGAUAUGUGAGUGAAUGACAAUUCUGAAUGUGCAUGUGACUCUAGCCGCGUGAAAGUUCACAAUUUUGCAAAGCGAUGGCUCACUGAGUUGAAGUCAGUCCCCACGGUGGGGCGGAAUGAGAGCCGAAGUUGUAAUUGCGCUUUUUCCAGAAGAGACAUCUGCCGCAACAGAUUGCAUUGUGAUCAAUCACGUAAGCCGCUCGACCAGGAAACUCUCUUAACGCAGAGCCUCCUCCCAUCAGCUCUAUCCAUCCGUUGUCAACGUUAUUCUCAUUUUAGUAUACUGUAUAUGCUUGUCUCGCUUUUAUUCUGUGUAUCCACACCUGCUACGUUCAUUGUAUUUGCUAAAGAUUUUCAUGUCAUAACUCAUGUUGUACUUCAAUUUAUACUUCGUGCCACACUCACAAUAUUUGAUCUUGGCCAUAUAGCAUUAAGAUCUAUAUUUAAGGGCUAUGAUUGGGGGAAACACACAUCUAUUGGUCUCUUCUUUUUUUCUUUUUUUCUGUAAAUACAGAUGGCAUUUGUUUGUACUGACAUGGAUUAAACACGGAAGUGUGGAACAGUUUUUAGAUCAUUAACAGAAACGUUCUGAUAUACAAAUGGGAUGUCUCACAUCGAUUUCUCUUGAUCCAUUUUGUAUGUUUUCAUUGUUAACAUUCCAAUGUGACUCUUUCAUUUUACUAUCAUCCUCCAGUUUAAAUUGGAUUUAACAUGAAAAAAUAAAAAGUCAAAAAUGAAA